GUGACAUUUCAGUUUGUUUGUUUGUAAAUGAGAACAGCGCGCGUCCGCUUUUGUGUCCGUGUCCCAAGAGAGCGAACCGCUGGGGUUCCGCUGAAAUACACGACGAGGAGGAGCAACACGCGAACACACUUCAAAACAGCAGUUCUGUUUUGUGUUUUCCUCAUGGUGGUUGAGGAGAAUGGAGCGCUCGGGUGGUCACGUGAUCAACGGGACGGAGCCUCGCCCUCUUUUCGGGGGCGCGCUGUCCGCUGUGGUCCCACCGGGCGCGUGCGAUGUGAGUGAGUUAAGGGAGAUCCCAGACAACCAGGAGGUGUUUGCUCACAGUAACACGGACCAGAGCCUCAUCGUGGAGCUACUUGAGUACCAGGGUCACGUGGAGGAUGGCGCAGCAGCCAGGUAUCACUUUGAGGACGUGGCGCAGAGCAACGAGGUGGCGGGGCCCAGGGCAGCACAGGUCAACGCUGUGACCCCCCUGCCCAGAGAGCAGCUGGCCAUGCGGGAGUGCAGCUCGGCCUGGAUGCUGAGCGGGACGCAGCUCGUCUCCAAGUUCAACGAACAGGCAAAAAACACCUUAGACGUCUACCUGGGCCUGUUCCGCCUGCCGCAGUUCUCCACCGACAUCCUGGUGACAUUCAAUGACCCCGUCAGCAUCAGUGCCCUCAGCAGCAGCGCAAUCGUCAGCACAGCGGAAACCACACCCCCCUGGACUGUGCAGGACUUUCAGCAGCUGCUCCAGUCGCUGAAGAUCCUGGAUGCUGGAGUGUUUGGAUAGGAGGCCCUACUGGGGUUCCCGUCAGGGAGGUGUGGGGGGGUUCAGGUCUGGAUUCUCCCAGCACAACUGGACUCUUAUCUGUUUCAUCACACUCAAAAGGAUAUGUGAUAUGGGACAGUGGGGGGGGGGGCGCCACACCUUGUUUACCACCGGUACUGGGUCAUCCCCCUUGUCACUCCGGUGUAACACCCACAUGUUGCUGCAGAUUCGAUGACAGACAAGACACUGUCAGUUUGACCACAUGUACACUGUGUGUUACUGAGAGUGUUGACGGUUAAAGUUUAUGACUUGAUGAUGAAUCGAUAUUUUCUUGCAAGUCGUGAGGUUUUUUGGUCACAAGGUGUUGAAAUAAUUGGAAAAUGAAGUGCAGUGAAGGGGGGGGGGGGGGGGGGGGGGGAGGCACUGGUACUUCAACCUCCAGAAGUUUAUUAUUCUUCUUUUCUUCAUGGUUAGAUGUUUUUUUCUGUUUUCCUCUCCUGUAAUUUAAAACUAUUAUUAAAGAGGUCAUUUCAGCCUUUGGGCGGUACAGUGGCACAGCAGG